AUGACCCAAGGUCCUGCCACAGCCACCACCCAAGAAAACAUUGACCUUGUUCACCACAUGGUGAUAGAUGACAGACAUUUAAAUGUUAAUCAGAUAACUAAUGCUGUGAGCAUCUUCUGUGAACGAGUUGAGAACAUUCUGCAUAACAAACUUGGCAUGUCGAAGGUUUCCACUCAGUGGAUGCCACAACCUUUGACACCUGAUCAAAAGCACACCAGGCUGGUCAUGUUGCAGGUGAACUUGGCACUUUUUGAAGCAAACCCAGUCGGUUUUCUUGAUCUUUUCCUCACCCAAGAUGAAUGUGGGGAUCACCACUUUGAGCCAGAGACCAAACGGCAGUCCAUGCAGUGGAAACACCUGUCUUCUCUCUCACCAAAGAAGGCCAUGGUGGUAUAA